CCUAUAGAUUCUUCUAUGAGUCGUUAGUCAUAAUAUGUCAUGCGGGCACAGAGGACAUAGAGACAACAAAUCUCAAUUUAGCAAUUGAUACGAUGUUAAUGACUGAUUGAAUAAAGACAGUUACAAUCUCUUCCUAUUAAAUUGUUUCAAGAAAAAAGCUAUAAAAGUUUUCAUAAUAUACAUUAUGACGCAAACACUAAAGAUCAUUAUUUUUAUUAUAAUUUUGAUGUCAAAUACCGUAACGCACUUACCAUUGUCUAACAGUACUUUAAAUACAGUAUAUCCAAUAUUUGAUAAUAUGCAAAAUAAAUCGGAGGAGUCUAUAAAAGAGACGACGAUACAAUAUCAACUUGAUAUUGAUGCUCUUUGGAAUUGGAUACUUCUUGUUUGGACUACAUUAAAUCCUUGGGUAGCAAUUUUGCUAACGUCAAUUAUUCUGGUGUUUAUAUUAUGUUUGCUUUACUGGAUCAGAAAAUAUUUUACCGUUUUUAUAAACUGUUCCGGCUUCACUCCUGAAUUUGAGUUUCCUCUUAAGUUUAGAACCCGAAUCACAACUAUUCCUCGUCGACAAAAUAAUGUUAAUUUUACGGAGGAGUGUGAAAUGCAGACUGUACCAAUAACAGAAAAUGUAUAAUAAACAAAACUUGCAUUAUUGUGUAACGUAUAUAGUUGUAAUAAGUUAGUUGUAAUACAUAUAUUUUUCUUCAAAGAGAAUUUGUAUAUGAAUAUCAAAUUUUCUAAAUCUAAUUGAUAUAUGUAGUUAAGCAUAUCUAUUAAAUACCUACAUACAUUUGUAGCAACCACAUCUUUUAGUGCACAAUUUAAAAAAUCGACAAUUGCUUUGGUGGCCUACGUCUUUAUUAUUUUUAUUCGUAUA